UCCUCAGUCAUGUCACACAUUCCCUUACAUUUCUGCAUAUGCUUAAGUAAUUAAAUGCACAUGGUGUACAAAUAACACCAGUUCGAAAAUAACAUAAGCGUCUAAGGCAAGAACAGUAAAACAUCUGGGGAUUCGUUGAACGGUGCAUUUGAAAAAAAAGUGCAGAAACUGGAAUUAGGCUGACGAUUAAUUGUUUAUUUUUAUUUUAGCAACGUAUGAAACACGGGCACGAGAUGUGCUUUCACUUAAUGUUAUUUCUGUAAUACAGAUACGUGUGGAUGCGUUUAAGGACUGGUUCCAUUAGAAACAUACGAAAGCAGGUCGUCGGAUGUGCGAUUACAAAAAACUUGACUAAGGACAAGUAUACAAUACUUUUCUAACUGAUUGGAAAUUCGUGGGCAUGGCGAAAAUAAUAUUCAUGGCGCUGUUUGGUUUAUCGCACGCGACCGUGUUCGAUGAUUUGUUAAGUGAAUUCUGGGAAUGGCGUCUCCGUGACAACCCCGAGUUCGCAUCGAACGUCGGCGACAGUCGCUACACGGAACUCGUUGAAGAUUACAGUCUGGAAGCGAUCGACGCUCGAAAAGACUGGCUGGAGAGGUUCCUAGCAAAGGUUAAGUCAAGCAUCAUACGAAAGGACCUCUCGAAGGCAGAUCAAAUCACUUACGAUGUGCUUGAUGAUACGAUACAGGCGUGGCUCGAUGGAUACGAGUGGAAAAAUUACGGUCCUAUGAACCCCGUAAGCAGAAUAGACGGAUUUCACUAUCAGUACGACAGGUUUGCAGGCCAGGUGAAGUUCCAUGACGUCAGUUCGUUUAAGAACUUUGCAGCCAGAAUUCGUGCGUUCGGCGACCAGAUUGACCAGGUCAUUGUUCGCAUGAACGUCUCUAUUCACAGCAAAACGACCCUCAAUAACGUCAGCAUUAGCGAAGUCCCAGCAGCUUUGGACAAGAUUCUGCAAUUCAAGACCAAUGUUACAGCUUUCCCAAUGUUCGAGCCGUUCCUCAUCCGCCUAGAUGCAAAGACAAGUAAUACAACUGAAAAGGCGCUUAUUCGAGCCCUGGCCAAGACUAAUAUAGAAUAUCUGCUACAGAAAAUUGAGAGGCUGAAACAAUUUAUCACUGAAGACUAUCUGCGCCAUACGCGGACCAGCGAUGGGGUCUGGGGUCUACCCCGGGGUUUGGAGUAUUACAGGGCAAGCCUCAAGUGGCAGCUGUCCGAGGAACUGGAUCCCGAGUACAUCCACAAGACCGGCCUUGCGGAGGUCGAACGCAUAAUUGGAGAAAUGGAAAUGAUCAUGAGGAGAGACGGGUUCAACGGAUCCCUACAUGAAUACUUCGCGGUGUUGAGGCAAAACCAGUCCAAUUUCGAGUCUGAUCCGGACAAAGCGUUACAGGCGUUCAAGGAUAUGCACAGAGAACGAAUUUUGCCAGUGCUCGACCAGUUUUUUGAGGAUAUACCUGACGUCCCAUUAGAAAUAAAAAGAAUGACCAAUAAUGGGCCUCUCGGAAUCUACAAGAAUGCAGCCCCUGAUGGCUCCAGACCAGGCGUGUUCUAUGCCAACGUUGACUAUGGUCCAGUCGCCAAGUACACCAUGGCCUCGCUUCUGGUGCAUGAGACGGACCCCGGUCAUCACCUGCAGGACGCCUACGCCCUCACCAAUCCAGCCAUCCCCAUGUUCAGGAGAGCCGUCGACUACUCCAAGUACUUCGCCGCCCCCAUGCACUUCCCGUUCUAUACAGCUUACUGUGAGGGAUGGGGCCUGUAUUCGGAAGAACUGGGGGACGAAUUAGGAGUGUAUCAGAAUGACUACGACAGACUUGGAAAGUUUAAUCAGCAGAUUUUCCGCGCAGCUAGAUUAGUAGUGGACACGGGACUGCACGCACUACAAUGGAGCCGCGCUGACGCCAUAGGCUACAUGCUGGACAACACCGCCUUAGCCAGGGCAAGCAUUGAGCGGGAGAUUGACCGGUACAUCACGUGGCCUGGCCAGGCAACGGCCUACACGAUUGGAAACUUGAAAGUUAUCGAGCUGAGGCGUAGGGCAACCAUUAGAACAUGUGGGUUCUUUGACGUCAAGAAGUUUCACAGUGUAUUAUUGAAGAACGGCGCUCUGCCUAUGAGCGUCUUGGAUACGCUUGUAGACGACUGGGUGGCGGAAGUCCGCCAAAAGCACGGAAUUUCCGGUUCCGAUUGUCCGUCCACAGUUUCAUCGGCCGCAACAACAACAGCCGCUGCAACAUUAACUUUACACUACUUCAUGUUAUUAUUUUACUUUGUUACAAACACGUGAUGAAAACCUUAAUGAUGUUUUUAACAUUUUUCAUAAUAUCAGAGUUCUUUAAAACUUAAAAUUGGCUCAAUAACAGAACAACGAAAUGUCGACCCUACAAUCGCCCUAGAUUCAAGAAAUAAGAAAAUUAAACAUCAGCGAGGAUAACCUAAAGGACGUUCACACAUUUAGAAAGUUAUUAUAGUUUUGGGUUAUUUUCAUCUGAAGUGGAUAAUAUUAUUUCAAACGCGAAUCGAUUGAACUACAUGUAUUUCCAUUUGAUUACUUUUGUAUAGUUUUGUUAUUACACUUCGAUAACUUAUUAAACGGUAACUUGAAAUGCGAGACAUAAAGUAACAGCCCGUAUGGUCGAUAUGAUUAGGAGAAAACCAAAUACGAAGAACCCCUAUUAAAAACCCGGUCGACCUAGGUUUUGUUGUCUAAUAAUGUUUUCCGUUUUUAUACUUUAUCUUUUUUAUAAAUACGUGGCGUUUAAUGACGUACUUAAAAUCAAUAAAAAUCCUUGAACAUGUCCCUUUAAAAGUAUCAGGUGAUUCCCACUGCUUAGUGUUAAGUGUUAUUUAAGUGAAGCACAACUACUAUCAACAUUAAGUAGCACCAUACCACAUUCGUAUAAAAAAUAUUAACAUUUAUCACUGCAUCUCAGUAUGUCAUGUACUAUUUUAGAUGUACAUUGAUUUUUUAUUUUACGGUAUACCAUCUGGUAAUAAUAAAAUAUAUGACACGUGUUUAAAUUUAAUACAACGUUAUUGCAUUUAGUACUAUUUGAUUAUGUGUAGCACGUGUCAAUGGUGUUCAAAUAUUAUUACCUCCUUCUUUGUAAAAAAAAACCACACGAUUUAUUAAUGGUUUGUGUUGUAAAUAUGCGUUUUGAUACCAAUUAAAACAAUUUGUAG